UGUUGUGAGAGGGUUGUGAAGAGGCACGAGAAGUAAGAGGGGUGCAACGAACCCUCUAGGCUCGGUUCGAGUCUACGGAGCUCGGAGUUGUGUUCGAAUCAUGGCGACACCCGACCCCGUAGACCCAGCCACCCUAGAGAUAAAGACCCGUAGCAUAGAACAGACACUACACCCACUAGUAAAACAGAUCUCCACGUUAGUAUCGCACAGAGAACGUCCACUAUGUUCGGACAGAAGUGCUCUCCGUGCUGUUGCCAGAGUCGGGCAAGCCGUGAAUCUGGCCGUCGAGAGGUUCGUCACUGUUGGCGAAACCAUCGCAGAUGGAAAUCCAGAGAUCAGAGAGGACAUGUACCAGGCGUGCAAAAGAGCAAGAGACGCUGGGUCGGCGAUCGAAAAAUUAUGCGAGUGCGCCACGGAAAACAGCUUAGCUGACCGAGGCUCUGUCGUCAGGGCUGCAAGAUGCCUUCUUGGUUCUGUAACCAAGGUCCUCCUCCUGGCUGACAUUGUCGUGGUCAAGCAACUUCUUCUCGCGAAGAAGAAGGUGGCUCGUAGCCUUGGCCGUCUGGAAAGUGUCUCGAAUUUCACCGAAUUCGUGAAGGCGUUCAGCCAAUUUGGAGCGGAAAUGGUGGAAUUGGCACACUUGACGGGUGAUCGCCAAAAUGACUUGAAAGACGAGAGACGAAGGGCACAAAUGGCCGCGGCUCGCCAAGUUUUGGAGAGGAGUACUAUGAUGCUGCUCACGUCUAGUAAAACCUGCUUGAGGCAUCCAGAAUGUCCAUCUGCCAGAGAAAACAGAGACACCGUUUUCUGCCAGAUGAGAAGGGCCAUGGACUUGAUACAUUAUGUGGUCAAGGACGGGGUAUUGGACUGCAGCGAAUCGCAGUCUUAUUCGAAUUCCCAGAGUCCACAGCAGGAGGACUGGGAUAGCAGCACCGCUUUCUCAGCAUUGAAACACUUCGAGAGACUGGUGGAAACCACAAGAAUGACUCUCCUAGGACCAGGUUGUCGAGAGACUCUCACAGCCGCAUUAGAUACUGUCAUUGAGAGGACACAGGACUUCACCGACAGCGCGUACACGAGCCACGAGCACAGAGAGAACAUCCUCUUGCUUUGCGAUCGGGCACAACUCGAGCUCAACACGUUACUGCGAAUUGGUAACAGUAUGAACUACGAGGGUGGUGGAGGUUCUCCUAGUUCCGAAAUGGAACAAGCUGUCCUGGGAGUGUUACGCACCACCAGAGAUCUUCGCCAACAGCUGUGCACGACAACGAUGGAACAAGCGGCUGAUCUCGGACAGGUAACCAAAGCGGGUCAGGAACUUGUGUCAACGAUCACGAACGUCGCUUUGGCCAACGACAGAUACCAUCUUCAAGAUAGCAACGAAAAGUUUCGCGAGUACAUUGAACACAUUCUUGAAGUGUGCAAAAUGUUGAGACACGUUGCACUUUCGGAAUCAUUGCAAGUCUCGGCGAAGUUUACGGAAAUUAACUUGAGAAUAUACGGUCCUCAAGUAGUGACAGCGGCGUAUACUUUAGCGAGACAUCCUGCAAGUAAAAUCGCUAAGGAAAAUCUAGAAGUGUUUGCUGACAUGUGGCAGUGGCUCAUGACUGACGUGACUACAGUUGCGAAAGACGUGUUGGAAUUGAACCAGAAUCGACCAGAAAAGCAAGUUUACAUGUCCUUGCCACGGCCAGGAAAACACGGUACAACAAGCAAGCCGUUGAAGCCGGUGAAAUUGGAUAGCGAGGAGCAGGCAAAGAUAGCAAAGGCCGGCCUCGAAAUGAAGCUGAUCACAUCGGAGAUGGACGCGGAAACGGAAAAGUGGCAGGAGAGCGGAAGCGCCCUAGAGGAGAACAACGACAUCGUGAAACGGGCUAAGAACAUGUCCUCGAUGGCGUUUUCGAUGUACCAGUUCACAAGGGGUGAAGGAGCGUUAAAGACCACCCAAGAUCUGUUCACCCAAGCUGAGUAUUUCGCCGAGGAGGCGAACAGAUUGUACAAGGUUGUGAGACAAUUUAGCUAUCAGGUACCAGGGGGCUCGCAUAAGAAAGAACUGUUGGAAAAUCUGGACCGCGUGCCGACUUAUGUGCAGCAGCUACAAUUCACCGUGAAGAAUCCCACCGUUGGAAAGGCAGCCACUUUCACGAAAGUUGAUAACGUGAUACAAGAGACAAAAAAUUUAAUGAACGUGAUUUCGAAAGUGGUCACCACGUGCUUCGUCUGCGCCACAAAGAACAAUAUCACGAUGCCGCAGUACGUGGAGGUCAGUCCGACAACGGUGCCUGGUCUAGCCGAAGAGGAUUGCUUGUACCCAGUUAGUCCGCAAUUGCUACCAUCUACUAGUCCCUACGUGCAACCCCAUCCAUUGACGUCCUCCCAGUUACACAGUAUUUUAAGAGGUCCUAAUCUAAACUUCCCUCCCUUCAAUUACAACACCCUACCGAACACCGCUACCACAACCAGCAGCACAAGCGUUUCACGUAAUUCUGCAUCCUUCGUUCAUCCAUCGGUCCUCCCGUACUCGACGACCGGCACAACGUCCGGUUGCGGACCACAGGCACCUUAUUGCCUGCAGAAUCUACAGCUGCUGCAGCUGCAGCUGUAUCAGGCACAGCUGCAGCACCUAAGACACGCCACAAUGCCGAGAUAA